GGGCGGGGGGAGCAGCGCCGCGGCAGCCGCCGCCUCCGCCUCCGCCGCCUGGGACGAGGGGGUGGGGGACGGACGAGCCCCGAUGCCGGGGGAGACGGAAGAGCCGAGACCCCCGGAGCAGCAGGACCAGGAAGGGGGAGAGGCGGCGGCGGCCAAGGCGGCUCCAGAGGAGCCCCAACAACAGCCCCCUGAGGCGGCGGCGGCGGCGCCUGCGGGGACCACUAGCAGCCGCGUGCUGAGGGGAGGUCGGGACCGGGGCCGGGCCGCUGCGGCCGCCGCCGCCGCCGCUGUGUCUCGCCGGAGGAAGGCCGAGUAUCCCCGCCGGCGGAGGAGCAGCCCCAGCGCCAGGCCUCCCGACGCCCCAGGGCAGCAGUCCCAGGCCGCGAAGCCCCCGUCUCCAGCUCAGGGCAAGAAGAGUCCGCGACUCCUAUGUGUAGACAAAGUGACAACUGACAAAGAUCCUAAGGAAGAGAAAGAGGAAGAAGAUGAUUCUACCCUCCCUCAGGAAGUUUCCAUUGCUGCAACUAGGCCUAGCCGGGGCUGGCGCAGCAGUACCAGGACAUCUGUUUCUAGGCAUCAUGACACAGAGAACACCCGAAGUUCUAGGUCAAAGACUGGUUCAUUGCAGCUCAUCUGCAAGUCAGAACCAAAUACAGAUCAGCUUGAUUAUGAUGGGGCAGAAGAACAUCAGUCUCCAGGUGGCAUUAGUAGUGAUGAGGAGGAGGAAGAGGAAGAAGAGAUGUUAAUCAGUGAAGAGGAAAUACCAUUCAAAGACGACCCAAGAGACGAGACCUACAAACCUCACUUAGAGAGGGAAACCCCAAAACCACGGAGAAAAUCAGGGAAGGUGAAAGAAGAGAAGGAGAAGAAAGAAAUUAAAGUGGAAGUUGAGGUAGAGGUGAAAGAAGAAGAGAAUGAAAUUAGGGAGGAUGAGGAACCUCCUAGGAAGAGAGGAAGAAGGCGAAAAGAUGACAAAAGUCCACGAUUACCCAAAAGGAGAAAAAAGCCUCCAAUCCAAUAUGUCCGUUGUGAGAUGGAAGGAUGUGGAACUGUUCUGGCUCACCCUCGCUAUUUGCAGCACCACAUUAAGUAUCAGCAUUUGCUGAAGAAGAAAUACGUAUGUCCUCAUCCCUCCUGUGGGCGACUCUUCAGGCUCCAGAAACAACUUCUACGACAUGCCAAACAUCAUACAGAUCAAAGGGAUUAUAUCUGUGAAUAUUGUGCUAGGGCCUUCAAGAGUUCUCACAAUCUGGCAGUGCACCGGAUGAUUCACACUGGCGAGAAGCCAUUACAAUGCGAGAUCUGUGGAUUUACGUGUCGGCAGAAGGCAUCCCUUAAUUGGCACAUGAAGAAGCAUGAUGCAGAUUCCUUCUACCAGUUCUCUUGCAAUAUCUGUGGCAAAAAAUUUGAGAAGAAGGACAGCGUAGUGGCACACAAAGCAAAAAGCCACCCUGAGGUGCUGAUUGCCGAAGCUCUGGCUGCCAAUGCAGGCGCCCUCAUCACCAGCACAGAUAUCUUGGGCACUAACCCAGAGUCCCUGACACAACCUGCAGAUGGGCAGGGUCUUCCUCUUCUUCCUGAGCCAUUGGGAAACUCCACCUCUGGAGAGUGCCUCCUGCUAGAAGCUGAAGGGAUGUCAAAGUCAUACUGUAGUGGGACAGAACGGGUGAGCCUGAUGGCUGAUGGGAAGAUCUUUGUGGGAAGUGGCAGCAGUGGGGGCACUGAAGGGCUGGUCAUGAACUCGGAUAUACUCGGUGCUACCACAGAGGUUCUGAUUGAAGAUUCAGACUCUACUGGACCUUAGUGGAAGGGAAGACUUUGGGCACUGGGACAGCUCAGACUUUGUAUUUAAAAGAUAAAAAGGACAAAAAAAAUUUAAAGCAUUUAAAAUCUAGUAAAAUAACUGAAGGGCCUGCUCUUUCCAUUGUGGAUCACAGCACACACACCUACACCCACCCUCUUCUCCCUCUAUUGUCCCCUUUAUAAAAUUGAUGUUGCCUUUACCAAAAA